CACACACCACAUUUGCCAUCAUUGGACGUCCAUUUCGCAAUGGCAAAAUCAACACGAUCCAAGGUUAAACGUGCCUUUCGCUCCAAGAAACGCGAAACAGGCAUAUACGCAGCCACAGAAGCUGCUCGAUUAAAUCGCCUUAACUCAAAACUCGUCCAAAUUGCGACAAGGCAAGGGGAAGGGGAAGAGGAGAAAGGGGAAGAGGAUAUGUUAGCCGAAGUCGAUCAGUCAGCAACUGUAGCAGAUGCGAUUGUAAUUGAUGGACAGAAAUCGGAACGCAUAUCUACGCAUGGACCCCGUGGGUCUCGGCGGGACGAAUGGCGGACGUCGAAGGGUCUGGAUCCUAGACCCAAACCAACUGGUAUGAAUCGACAGGGCGGCAUUGCGGCUCGCAGGAAGUCAGGUCGUUCGAAGCGGAGGCGUUGAAUACAGCAUAUACGAACUUUGUUUGGCAUCCCGAUUAUUCUAUAUCGUUUGAAGUAUCACGAGUUCGCCUAUUACCAUCCAUAUUUCACUGAUCCCGGAUGGUUCGUUCAGCUUUCAUUACUUUACUUUUUACAUAUUUCCUGAAAAUUCAUAGGAUUCCUUCUCCUCCACCUCCUUGUCUGAAAGUCCUCCCAUCUCUCCGGCCAAUUCGAGAUCAAUAGACGAUGUUUUGU